AUGACCGGCUUCCAUAGCCUCCCCAACGAGCUGAUCGUGAUGAUCGCCGACUGCCUCCACGACGACAAGGUCUCGAUGUCAAAGCUCUCUCGAACCUCCCACGCGAUACGUGAACUCGUCCUCCCCAGUCUCACUCGAUCCGUGACCAUUAGCAAUCGCAACGAUGAAUCCUACCAAGGCCUUCUUCGUCGGUUUCCCAAGCUGGCUGCGGCUGUCAAGUCCCUGACCCUACACUAUCACGACCCUCAAUCGUUUACCGAUUACUUGGACAAUCUGACGAUGGUUCGAAAACUUGUUAUCAAAGGCGCUUACUGUUCUAGGGCUUUGCACACCACGUUUGAGGACCAUUUCACGGAGGUGCUCGAGGAAGGCGCCAUGUCACAACUCCAAGAAUUGGAGGUCAACCUUACUGAUGGCCAGGAAUGGUACUGUGACCUGGACGUCUUCAUGGCGCACACAGGCCUCAAACGGCUGACAAUCCUCCAUGCCCGUGUCGAAUGCGAAACCAUUGAGCUCGCUGACCGUAGUAGCAAUCUCGAAGAGCUAACAUUCCUCUGCUGUGAUAUCGCCCUGAAACAACUACGCCUCGUCCUCGCCAAACCAAAGGGUCUGCGACGGUUCACCAUGAAAGGCGACGUCCGUCCGUUGUCUGGCCAUCUCUUGUCUAGACAUGUACAACGGCACCCGCCCCAGACGUACCUCGACGCCCUAAUCCCACACAAACACACCCUCAAAGCCCUGGACCUCAACUUCCUGGCUAACGUUGGUUGGUCGAAUUCCGAACCCCUCGACCUGCGCCAUCUCUCGCAGCUGGAACAGUUUACCGUCCGGCUGGACGAGUUAUACAGCACUGUCCUCUACGAAACCCCGCUGGAGGAAUGCCGUCUCCCUGAUAGUCUCAAGGAAAUGAAGGUCUGGACGCUGCAUGAAGCACGGGCCCAGGGGUACCAGAAGGCGAUUCGCAGGGAUUUGAACCACUGGAUCCAUGCACUGCCAAAUCUGCGCUCUUUUGCCUUUGUGUCUCCGCGGCGUGUUACCUUUGACGACGAACACCCGGCGUUGCAUCAGCAGGUAGACGUUCGCUGGGAAAGGUUUACGAAUGGUGGGUACUGGCUGGAUGAUUGCGAGGAGUGCCGCUACCGCAUGAACUGGUGGUUUCGUGAUGAUCCAGAGUCAGAGUCAGAGUCAGAUUCUGAAGCUGAAUCUGAAGCUGAAUCGGAACCCGAGUCUGAAGCCGAGUCGGAAGCUGAACCUGAUUCCAAUUCUGGUUCAAGCUCUGAUCCUGAUUACAGCCCUGAUUCCGAUUCCGACUCCGAUUCAACUUCUGGGUUCGAUUCUGACAUUGAGUAA